AUGGAAGUGAUCCGCUCAGACAAAUGCCCCGAUUUUGCAGGAGCCAGCUGCAGCCUCGCAUGGCUUGGCGUUACCCCUUGGGCGAGACAGCCUCGCAACAAAGGUACCGGGCAUCUACAGUCCAACAAAGUGCAAUUUGAUCUGAAGACGGCCCUCGAGCAAGCAAACGCCGAGCGAGAUAUCCUCCAAAAGGAAAUCACGAAUGCCAAAGCCGAAAAGGAUCAGCUGCUGAAAGACCUCGACGAAGCCAACAGCAGAGCCGAGAAGGGGAAACGAUCAUUGACCUCAACCAUGCAGCGCCUGGUGAAAGAUGAGCCAGAGCUGGAACAAGAACCGGCACAGCACAUCGCAAAGCUUACACAAGCCGUCGUUGAGAAUGAGAAACCCCAAGUUGCUCUCAAUGAAAGCGGUGCAGAAAAACACGCGGCGCAGAAGGUGGCCGAGAAAGAAGAGCCUGGCAUUUCCACUGCUGCUCUGCAGAAGGACGAAGAAACAGUCAAGGCAGAUGAAGAGACUCCAGAAGCCGCCUAUGGAAGAUCGGUGCGUCCAGCUAGCGAGAUAUCCGACUUGAAAUCCAGCAUGACAACUCCAAAUGGUCGGAAUCAUGGCUUUGCACAUGGCACCUCAAUGCUCGGUCGAGGCCGGGGCAAGGCCCGUCACCGUGGCUCUGGACGAAAGGGUGUUGGCCCGGAACGAUGUGGCAAGUGCGCCAUGAUAUCGCAUCUUACAGAAGACUGUCCGAUCAAAUGA